AUGGAUAUUAUCAACACUUCUAGAGCAACUCAUGUCACUAAGACGGUGCACAGCAAGCCAUAUAAUGCUCUCUCCACUGACAACCCCAAGCUCAGCCAAGCUGGCAAGAGCAUCUUGAUUACCGGCGGCGGAACGACAAUUGGCAAUAGCAUUGGGCGCUCUUUCGUACGUGCCUCGGCUGAAGCAGUCAUUAUCCUAGGGCGACGUCUUGAGGUCCUCCAAGAGGGCGCCCGUCGCCUUGAGCAAGAGGCAAAAGCCGCUGGAACGCAAACAAAGAUCAUCCACCGCCAGCUCGACAUUACCGACUUCUCCGCCGUCGAUGAGUUCUGGAAGCACUUGGCUUCCGAGGGGAUUUCCGUCGAUGUGUUCGUGUCGAAUGCCGCCGCUUUUCCUCAGCUGAAGCCUUUGUUGGAGUCAGGUACAAACAAUAUGUGGUCAGACCUUAAUACCAACGUCCAUGCGCCCAUGUACCUGUUGGAGAAGUUCCAUGCACAGAAUACUGGAAAGAGAAGAGCAAGAAAGCCCAUUUUCGUUGUCAACGUCUCCAGCAGCAUAGCGCACAAUUAUAUGCAAGAUGUCACCACGAAGCUUGCCGCAUACGCUUUCAACAAAUCUUGUAGCACUCUGCUCUUUCAGAUGGUUGCCAAGGAUACACCCGUUGAGGAGAUGCAGAUCACUUCGAUGCACCCUGGUCUUAUCUGGUCACCGGAGUGGGUGAAGAUGGGCUUCAAAGAAGAUGUUGGAUUUGAUGACCUCGCUCUCCAUGGUAAUUUCGCAGUUUGGCUCGCAACCCCUAACGCUGCAUUCCUCCAUGGUCGAUUCACUUGGGCAUCUUGGGAUAUCAAUGAGCUGUCCGAGGGCCCAAUUCGCGAGUGUAUUGAGAAGGAUCCUUACUAUCUCAAGAUGACCAUACGUGGUGCCAACCCAUGA